AUGGGCAAACUCCUACAGAAGAAGAAGAACCGGUCCGGCCUCUCCAAGGCCCGGGCCAAGAACAAUCGCCUCAAGAGCGGUAAUAAGAAGAUCAACGUUCUGGGCAACCAGAUCAUCGCUGAUAACUGGGACAGAAACCAGACUUUGACCCAGAACUACCAGCGCCUCGGCCUGUUGCACAAGCUCAACGCUCCGACCGGUGGUAAAGAGCGCCUCCCCAUCCAAGGAGAACUCGCCGAAAACUCUCUCCAAAUCACCGGCAGCGGCAACACCGCCCAGCAACUUGAGCUGGGAGAGACCCGAGUUGAGCGCGACCCCGAGACGGGCAAGAUUCUUCGUGUGAUCCGUGAUGAGGAGCAGAUCGAAGUUGCGGGACGCAAGCGCAAUGCCGCGAACCCGCUCAAUGACCCGCUGAACGGUCUGACCGACACCGAGGUCGAUAUCGGACCCGCCAAAGCGUCUGUGAUUGUUCAGCAGCUGGAGCGCCAGGCUGAUCGUGAGGGUCAGGCUGCCAAGAGCAAGAAGCCCCGCUAUCUGAGCCAGCGGGAGGUCGAGUGGAUUACGAGACUGGUUGAGAAGCACGGAGAUAACCUGACUGCGAUGGUUCGGGACCGCAAGCUCAACCCCAUGCAGCAGACUGAGGGUGAUCUGCGGAGGAGGAUUCACCAGUGGAAGCAGUCUCAGGAGUAG